AUGACGCUUGACCGCAGCACGUCGUACCGACGCUUCAACGCCCCCCUCCCGACGCAGUCAACCGCCGCACCCUCCCCCCCUUCGCUAUCGGCCGACGCGCGCGCCCUCAUCCCAUCCGAGUACCGCCCGCCCUGCAGGGCCAACGAGCGCGUGCUGCGCUGGAAGCCUGCCGUCCCGUCGCCACGCCUCACUGAAUCCCUGCCCACUGACCUCGUGACCUCCGACGCGGAGUUCGAGAGGAUCCUAGACGUCUACGCAGGCUCCUGGCGGGAGUCCACAAAGAGCGUGUACGGCUCGGGCCUCCUCAUCUACCACCUGUUCUGCGACCGCGAGAAGGUGCCUGAAGAACGCCGGUGCCCCGCCUCCGCCAUUCUCCUCUCAAAGUUCAUCACUACCUGCGCCGGGUCGUACUCUGGAUCGUGCCUGGACAACUACGUCGCCGCCAUCGCCGCGUGGCACCGCCUCCACGGCUUCCCCUGGCUGCUACCCGCCGACCAGCAGGCCGGCAUCCUAGAAGGCGCCCGACGCCUCGCCCCCGAAAAGUCAACGCGCCCAAAACGCGCCCCUUUCACCGUCGACGAUAUCCUGCGCAUCCAUAGCGUCCUAGACCCCACGAACUCGUGCGACGCCGCCGUCUACGCGUGCCUCGUAGUGUCCUUCUACUGCGUAGCCCGGCUGGGCGAGUUCACGGUACCGUCCACCGACGCCUUCAAGGCCAACCCCCGGAGCUACAUAUCCCGCCGCGACGUUGCCGAAGUUGUCGACCGCAACGGACUCAAGGCCACCCGUUUUCACAUCCCGAAAACAAAGACCUCCCCCGUGGCCGGCGCCGAUACCCAGUGCGCGUCCCAGUCCGACGCCACCGAUCCCAUUACCGCCCUCAACAACCACCUGCGGGUCAACGCCGCCCCAACCGACGCCCACCUUUUCGCGUGGCACCACCCCAAACGAGGGAUCGUGGCCCUCUCCAAGUGGCAGUUCCUUCGCCGGCUGUCUGCGGCGGCGGACACACUACAGAUCCCACUGGCCAAGGGCCACGGCAUCCGCAUCGGAGGUACCCUCGAGUACCUCCUCCGGGGCGUGCCUUUUGAGGCGGUCAAAGCCAUGGGCAGAUGGGCGGGCGACUCAUUCACGGUGUACCUCCGGAAACACGCCGUCAUCCUUGCCCCGUACCUCCAGGACUCACCAGUCCUGGACCCAUUCACAAGGUACACGCUGCCGCCAGCCGCGUGA